GAUUCUAUUGCACUGAUACCAAAAAGAAAAAAAAGGAAAACAAAUCUCUCUGGUAAAAAGUCUAAGCCCAUCUUCUUCUCCGAAAAAUGGGUCGUGAGGAGGACGAAGCUGUGGUGAAAAAUCAUCAUCAGAAUGCCAUUGAGGUUCGCAACGACAACGACGACGACGAUCCAAACCAGAAGAACAAAGGACACGACUCUGCGGCGCUCUCCAUCGAACAGAUCUUCGCUAGCCAGGAGGUUCCUUCAUGGAAGAAUCAGCUGACGGUGAGGGCCUUCGUGGUGAGUUUUGUGCUCAGCAUUCUCUUCACCUUCAUAGUCAUGAAGCUCAAUCUCACCACCGGGAUUAUUCCUUCUCUCAACGUUUCCGCUGGUCUUUUGGGGUUCUUCUUUGUCAAAACUUGGACAAAAAUCGCUGACAAGUCCGGUCUUUUGAAGCAGCCCUUUACUAGACAGGAGAACACUGUUAUUCAGACCUGUGUUGUUGCUUCUUCUGGCAUUGCCUUUAGCGGAGGCUUUGGGAGUUACCUCUUUGGAAUGAGUGAAAGUGUUGCCAAACAGUCUUCUGAUACCAGAGAUUUCAAAAAUCCUUCAUUGGGAUGGAUAAUUGGUUUUCUUUUCGUUGUUAGCUUUCUUGGUCUCUUCUCAGUGGUGCCUCUUCGUAAGAUCAUGAUCAUUGACUUCAAAUUGACAUACCCAAGUGGUACUGCAACUGCUCAUCUUAUAAACAGUUUCCACACUCCUGAAGGGGCCAAGUUAGCAAAGAAACAAGUGAGAGCGUUGGGCAAGUAUUUCUCCUUAAGUUUUAUAUGGGGUUUCUUUCAAUGGUUCUAUACAGCUGGUGAAGAUUGUGGAUUUGCAAGUUUCCCUACACUGGGGUUGAAGGCAUACAAGAACAAGUUUUACUUUGAUUUCUCUGCAACAUAUGUCGGAGUGGGAAUGAUUUGCCCAUACAUUGUGAACAUAUCACUGCUGCUUGGAGGAAUUCUUUCUUGGGGGGUCAUGUGGCCUCUAAUAGAUAAAAGAAAGGGGGAUUGGUACUCUGCAACCUUCAAACCAAACAAUAUGCAUGGCCUUCAAGGAUACAAGGUGUUUAUUGCCAUCGCAAUGAUUUUGGGGGAUGGAUUGUACAACUUCGUAAAGGUGCUGAGCCGAACCCUUUCUGGUUUGUAUAAUCAGCUUCAAGAUAAAGAUGUGGCAGACAGCUCUCUGCCAGUGGCAGAUCGUCCUACUAAAGAAGAGCCAUCUUUUGAUGACCAACGCCGGAAAGAACUGUUUCUAAAAGACCAAAUUUCAGUAUGGUUUGCUCUUGGAGGCUAUGUUGCAAUAGCUGCCAUCUCCAUUGGUACUCUUCCACAGAUAUUCCCCCAACUCAAAUGGUAUUACAUAGUGGUAAUCUACAUCUUUGCUCCUGCAUUGGCUUUCUGUAAUGCAUAUGGGUGUGGCCUCACGGAUUGGUCCCUUGCUUCUACCUACGGAAAACUUGCCAUCUUCACAAUUGGAGCAUGGGCAGGCUCCUCUCACGGUGGGGUUCUUGCUGGUCUAGCUGCUUGUGGAGUCAUGAUGAACAUAGUCUCAACAGCCUCUGAUCUGACUCAAGAUUUUAAAACUGGUUACCUAACUCUAGCUUCACCCCGCUCCAUGUUUGUCAGCCAAGUUAUUGGGACAGCAAUGGGCUGUGUUAUUUCUCCGUGUGUCUUUUGGCUCUUUUACAAAGCCUUUGAUAACCUGGGAAGCCCCUCUUCUGCAUAUCCUGCUCCAUUUGCUGUUGUAUAUCGAAACAUGGCCAUACUUGGAGUAGAAGGGUUCGGCUCUUUGCCAAACUAUUGCCUCUUGCUUUGUUAUAUUUUCUUUGGCUUUGCCAUUCUGGUUAACCUCAUUAAGGAUGUCAUAGGAAAGGAAAAAGGAAAAUACAUUCCAAUUCCAAUGGCUAUGGCAAUACCUUUCUACUUAGGGUCAUACUUUGCCAUUGAUAUGUGUAUUGGUAGCGCUAUCUUGUUCAUAUGGACUAAGAUAAACAAGACCAAGGCAGAUGCUUUUGUCCCUGCGGUUGCUUCUGGAUUAAUCUGUGGUGAUGGCAUAUGGACUUUACCUGCUUCAAUUCUUGCUCUUGCUGGGGUUAAACCACCAAUUUGCAUGAAGUUUCUGUCUCAUACAAUUAAUGAUAAAGUCGAUGGUUUUUUAGCUACAUCUAGCUAAGGUUCUGUUAUAUGAGCAUUCGUGGAAUCAAGCAUCCUUGUUCUAUACCCCUUUCAUUUGUGUGGCAAAAGGUGUUAAGUUAUUGUGAAUAAUCACAUCUUAAACAAUGUGGUUAAGAAAGCUGUCUUUAGUAUUUGUUUAUAUAUUUAGUAAUCGAAAAUCUCAAAAGUAAAUGUUUUUUUUGCUCUAUUUAUUAUUUAUUAUAUUCCCAAA